AUGAUCUACGGCGUUGCUGAUGUGGACGCCACGCGCAGGGACCACCUGGUGGAGCUGCUGGAUAUUGAUCUGACGUGGCGCAUGCACCGCGUGUCAGAUGGGCAGAGGAGGCGAGUGCAGAUAUGCAUGGGGCUGCUGCGACCCUUCCAGGUGCUGCUGCUGGAUGAGGUCACAGUGGACCUAGAUGUUGUCGCCAGGAUGGACCUCCUCUCCUUCUUCCAACAAGAAUGUGAAGAGAGAGGAGCUACAGUCGUGUAUGCCACGCAUAUAUUUGACGGCCUGGAGUCUUGGGCAAGCCACCUCGCUUUUGUCUCUUCUGGCAAGUUGCAGCGGCUGGAAUCAGUGGAUCAGUCAAUACAACAAUCUGCUGGUAGCCACAAGCCAACUACAUUGCAACUACCAUCAUUGCUGGAAACGGUGGAGCCUUGGCUGAGGGAGGAUAAGUCUAAGAGGGAGAAAGAGGUGGAAGAGGCAAAGAAGAGGGGAGAUGUGCCUAAAAGAGUGGACCCAUUUGCUGGUGCUGGUAGGCACAUGGCUUAUUAUAGGUAG